AUGGCCGGGAGGAAAGACGAUGGUGGUGUGGUCAAAAAGGCCGUUUCCCAAAAGCGAAAGGUCCGCUUCGAGGACGACAUCAGGGAAGACACGCCUCGUUCUGACUCCAAAAGACUCAAAAGCUCGUCGUCGUCGUCAUCGUCGAAACCAAACCCACCACCUCUCUCAGAGCCCGACCAGCUCGCCGCGGAAACAGCACCCCUGGUCGAGCCACGCGCCGCGUCCCCGGCGCCCGAGGCGCCCGCCGACCUCACGCCCGCCGAACAGCGACGCAGGGCCGAACAGGAGCGGCGCGACGCGGCCAACGAGCAAAAGAGCCCCGUGCUCCCGACGCCGCGCGCGGUCCGCGAGGCGCACAUCAAGAAGGAAUACGCGCCCGACGACAGGGACACGGCGGAGCUGGCGGCCGGCAUGCUCAACCUCGUCAGCCUCGCGGCGCGCAUGAGCGCCUUGCCGCCGGGCGACGCCGGGCGGUACAGCGCGCUCGGCUACAUCAUCAAGCGGCUCGACCACCUCGACCUCGACGGCGUCGACGCGCGCGUCACGGACCUGACGCCGGCGCAGGCGGCGGCGGCGGAGCGCGACGUGCAAGCGCGGCUCCAGGAGGCCCAAGCGCAGCAGCGCAAGCUGUUCAAUACGAAGAACACGAAAAAGUACGCCGCCGGGCUGCGCAGGUUCGUGGCUGAUCCGCCGGCGUACCGGCGCGAGGUCGCGGCGCGGUGCGGGCGCAUCUUCAUCCAUGACAGCUAUGCGCGGGCGUUUGUCAAGUGGCUGCGGCAGCUGGACCGUGCGGCGCGUCUUGAGUGUCGGUAUUUCCACGCGGUGAACUGGGCGCCGCGGAAGGUGAUGGACGGAGAGACGGAGGUUUGGGUUGUCUAG